AUGUCAUAUUCGACUGACCCAGGUGUCCAAUUUUUUGGACAUUUGUAUAUUGAUAUUCCAAAUGUUGGUGCUCCAGUAAAUGAAAACCGUAUUGAUGUAACUUUUAAAUUUGUAUCAACAGAGAUUGGAAAGGAAACAAGACAUUUCUUUGACUUUGCACCCGAUGAAUAUGAAUCAUUAAGAAGAAAUAGAUUACUCAAAGAAACUUUAGAUUUUAUAAUUAAAAAAUAA